AUGUCUUACAAGUUACUUAAAUUGAAUUCGGGAAAUACAAUUCCAUCAAUUGGUUUAGGUUGUUACGAUAUUCCAUUAAAUCAAACUGUAAAAGUCGUUUAUGAAGCUUGUAAAGUUGGUUAUAGACAUUUUGAUACUGCUGUAUUAUAUGGAAAUGAACAAGAAGUUAUAAAUGGUAUAAGUCAAUUCUUAUCAGAGAACCCAUCAGUUCCAAGAAGUGAAUUUUUUUAUACAACAAAAAUUUGGAAUUCCCAACAAGGUGCAAAACAAACGCAAAAUGCAAUUGAAAAAAUGUUGUCACAAAUAGAUCAAGGUAAUUUACAAUACAUUGAUUUAUUAUUACUUCAUUCGCCAUUACCUGGUAAAACUAAAAGAUUGGAAAGUUAUGGGGUAAUGCAAGAAUACGUUGAAAAAGGAAAAAUUAAAAACAUUGGUGUUUCAAAUUAUGGUCAACAUCAUAUUGAAGAAUUAUUAAAUUGGAAUAAAUUAAAGAUAAAACCAAGUGUGAAUCAAAUUGAAAUUAGUCCUUGGUGUAUGAGACAAGAAAUUGCACAAUGGUGCUUGAAAAACGAUAUACAAGUUGAAGCUUAUGCUCCAUUAACUCAUGGAUAUAAAUUGGAAAAACAAGAACCAGAGUUUAAAAAGAUUAUGGAGAAAUAUAAUAAAUCUCCAGCUCAGAUAUUGAUUAAGUGGUCAAGACAAAAAGGUUAUAUACCUUUACCAAAAACAAAAACUUUAUCAAGAUUACAAGAAAAUAUUGACAUAGAUGAUUUUGAAUUAACUAAAGAUGAAAUUGAAGUAAUAGAUCAACCAGAUGUUCAUGAUCCAACUGAUUGGGAAUGUUUAGAUGCACCAUAA